AGCGGUAGCAAUUAAAGGGAAACUAAUCUCUUCUUCUUUAAAUAUAAUUCAACGCUUGAUUCGAUUGAUAUAUAUACAUACAUAUAUACACAGAUUAACUAAAACUGGAUUAAUACAUUCAUUUGGAUAUAUAAUCAAAAAAAAAAAAAAGAUGCUUUGGACAUACAUUACCUGCCUUUUGUUUUUCUUAUUGGCAUCACAUUGUGCUCAGGCCGAUGAUGGAAGUUCAACGGAAACUAAUGAGAUAAUACCACGUGAGGCCAUACAGAGAUUGGACCUAUCUGUAAGACAAGCUCUACUACGUGCCAUAGAUAAGCUUGAACGAGAAGCAGCCGAUGAAGAUAACGACGAACGCGACGAGGAUGUUGCGGAAUAUGAUGAUCGUGGGAGUGGAGAGUAUGAUGUGGCGGAAACAAAUGAAAACAAAUCAGUAGAUGUACAAGUCAAAGAAAGUACAAACUCAUCUGAUGCAUCCUCGUUAGUACAAUUUUUUACGGCUACUUUUGAUGAAAAGAAUGCUAAACAACAAAAUUACAUGGAUUUCGUAGAUAGUGAGAAAUUUAAAAAUCUACCUUUACCGAUUGUAAAAGCUAACACCGCACAAGUGCAAAAUAAUCAUCAAACAGCGAGAAGUGUUAAGAAUAGAGUUAAAGGAAACGAAAUUAUUAUACACGAUCUUGACGAUAUCAAAUUCGAAGUGCUUAGCUCUAAGGCGGCAACAAGUGCUAGUACAACUAGCACGACUGCUAUACCUCCUAGAGCUACAAAGAAACGUACUACUACGACUACAACGACAACAACUACUACGACACCUCGUCCUACACACAAUGAGGAUGGAGAAAAUAUUGAAGUAGUUGCUAAAGAUGAUAUUCGGAUACAAGCUGCUCCUUUAGUUAGCGCCUUUACUGUCGAUAUCGAUGAAAUGGGUGCUGCGAAAAAAGUUGUUCCAAUCGUUAAUGUACCAGCACCAGCUACAAUUGCUAUGCCUCCUUCCAGUACACAGCGCAAUUUGUCACCCUUUCGUAGUCCACCGCUGCUAGGACCGGCCGUUACAAAGCUGAAUGUCUUAUCAGGACAAUCUGCUGCGUUGAAUAGGAAACCUGGAUCUUUUUUACCCACAGUGUCGCCUGCACUGUCGACCCUUGCUACAACACCGACAAUUUUCUCAAAUCUUCAUCCUACUAGUGGUCAUUAUAUAACGAAACAACCCUUAAUUUCUGCUAUUAAUCAACCGUUGCCCCCCAAUAACAAUGUAAACAACUAUUUAAUUGAAAGACAGCGUGAACUGGAACAACAAAUCUAUCAAUUGAAAUUACAAGCUCAACAACAACAAGAACUUAUAUUACGUCAAUUAAAAUUACUUGAAGACCAACAGAAAUUGCGAAAUGCAGUCAUAGCACGGCCAGCAAAUGCGAUUAUCCAGCAACCACAGCAUAGAAUACAAACUCAACCUCAAGAGCUCACCUUUACCAUACGUCCUUCAGUCGAAUUCAUACCUGCCAGUACAACGGCAAAAAUUUCAUCCAAUUACCCCACAUUUCCGGUAGAACGACGAUUGCCAUUAAGAGAGUUGAAUGCAAAGUUCGCCAGCAAUGUUAACAUUAACGGCAAUAGUAAUACAUUUCCGAGUAAUUUAAUUAGCUCUCCCCAACAAGCACAACAUGCUCAACAACAACAGCAGCAAUUUUUCAAUAGUAAUGCCAAACGGUUGAAUUUGCACAAAACUAAAGCAAAUAUUCCAAGCAAUACAAACUUCCAAGUACAGGAAUCGAAUCAAUUUAAUGUUGUGUCAGGUGCUAAUUUUCCAACAUCAUCGUUGGCUGAACCGCCUGCAGAAUUGUCGUUAGUGCAGAGUCUACCGCAACGCAGUCAUCAACAAUUUCUGAACGCAGCAAUUGUACCACAAUAUGUUACAAAUACUCUUUUCGAUAAACAACAAAUACAACAACAGCAACAACAGCAACAACAACAACAACAACAACCUCAGCAAUCACAACAGCAACAAAAUCGGCUCCGAUUGUUUCGGCAAAACACAGAUACCGGCAAUUUCGGCUUAACUCAAGUGCCAGUGCAAUCCAGUAACGCAAUAUCAGCAACGCAACAACAAUUAAUUGAAAAUCAAAAUUUCUAUCGGCAAUAUUUGCAACCACAAAUAAAUUCUCAAUUGCAACAAAACGCUCUACAAUAUCAUCAACGUCAAAGAGAACCGCAACCACAUUCGGGGGUUUCAGGUAAUUUCUUUUUUAGAUCUAAUCAAGCUAAUCCGUUACGUAAUUUAGAAGAAUUCAAUAUAGUUAAUAAAGUUCUAGCUUUAAAUCAUGGCUUUAAUAAUAAUAAUAAUAUUAAUAAUAAUAAUAAUAAUAUUAACAACAACAACUAUGUACAAGUACCAGUAUCACAACAAUCAUUAGCGUUACGAAACAAUGCAAUAUUUUAAUGAACUUCAACGCAUAAAGCCAUUCAUCCAUUCAUUCAUUCAUUCAUUGAGUAUUUCAGAAUCAAUUUGAUCUUUUGUUCUCGUCCCUGAUCGUCUUAAUAUCUUAAUCUAUCCUUAUUUAAUUAUUUCUAUACGAUUUUUUCACCUCCCCCCGUAAGUUAUCGCCACACCUGUGUAGCAUAUGGUUCGCGUUUCAAAUCAGUUAAAAACUUUGUUUUAUUAAGUUUUGUUGGUUUUCGAGAACCUCUAAGAUUAAGUCAAUUAAUUUUAUUACAUACAUACAUAAGUGUAUAUACAUAUUUAUUAAUAAUAAUGUUUAUUCGUUAAAUAAUGUUCACGCCGCUACUCGUCGCGUCGUUUCGUCUAACUGAUGAUGUAAUCGCGAUUCAAUAAAACUAGCGAAUUAAGUU